AUGAACAUCAUUAGUGCUUAUACUCCCCAAGUGAGCUGCGCAGAAGAAGAAAAGAGCUGUUUUUGGAACGAAAUAAGUGAAGUAACGCAAGAACUGGAAGAGCAGGAGAGGACUGUAGUGGGGGCAAACUUUAAUGGACAUGUCGGAAAUGAAAAGGAUGUAAUUGAACCUGUGCAUGGAGGACAUGGGAUCGGUGAGAGAACCCCAGAAGGAGAGAGUAUAGUAGACAUUGCUGUGUCCUUUGAUAUGGCAAUAGUGAACACAUUCUUCAAAAAGAGGAGGGAGCACUUGAUAACAUACAAGUGGCGGUAG